UCGCCUUGACUACCCCUGCGUCGCGGAAGCCCAGAGACUUCGAGGGGGAGCUGGGAGCUGCAAGUAUGAGGAGCCGUUGUCUGUGUCAGAUCUGUACCUGCGGGCGACAUCAUUGUCCACAUGGAACAACGAGGAUUUAUGAAAGUUCUGGCACGUAUUGGCCCACAACCGAAUAUUCAGAAAAAUAUCCCACGUAUGGCAAUGUUGUUCCACCACAGAGUCUUAAACCCAAGCAAGAAAUUCGAGCAUGUUGUGGUAAAAUGGAAGGAAUAACUACGUUUAAGUCAGAUUAUCGUCCUUAUGAAAUAGUGAGACAACCUCGCCACAUACCAGAAGAAUACAAACCAAAACAGGGGAAGAUUGAUCUUGGCACUACCUACAAACGAGAUUUUAAAUCUUAUAAAGUGCAGCCUGUGGCAAUACUUCGGUCUUUGGAAAGACAACAAGUUAAAAAAGGAAAGUUGGACACUGUCCCAACCUAUAAAGAUCAUUAUAGGUCUUGGAACAUUCAAAAAAGUGAACCUUGUAGACCAGAACAAACUUAUCAUCCCCCAACUGUGAAAUUUGGAAACUCAACUACAUUUCAGGAUGACUAUGUUCCUCAGAAGAUAAUGCCCAGGGAGAGCUUUAAACCUUCUUCUAUGCCCAGACUUUCCACAACCCCCUUUAAUGGUGAUACAAGUCAUCGCCAUGACUAUAUACCUCAUCAACUAGAAGUCAAGUUUGCAAGACCAAAAGACGCUUACAAGCCAACUGACCUGCCUUUUGAGAGUCUCACCACUCACCAGAAUGACUUUCAGGGUCUUGUUGGUGAAACUGCAAAAAUCUGCAGACCAGCCCACACCACAGUGACCCACAAUGCUCACUUUGAAGGAAGCACUGAAUUCCGUGACAGUUUCCAACCAUGGGAAAUCCCACCACCUGAAGUCAAGAAAGUACCAGAGUUUGUGCCCCCUACCGGGAGCAUGCAGUUAUACAGCACAAGCCAUCUUGACUACCUUCCUUAUCAGGCCAGCCGUGUUGUUCCCAUCAGGCCAGUUUCUCACAGAAGAAAAAAUAAUUUUCCUUUCCAAGGAACAAGCACCAUGAAGGAAGAUUUUCCUGCAUGGGAAAGUUGUCGUCCAGGACUUAUUAAGCAAGAGCAGCAGAUCCCCAACCCAUCUGGAAAAUUUGAUGGUUUGAGCACUUCCAGAUCUCACUAUGUGCCACAUGAAUUGAUUCCAACCGAGAGCUGCAAACCUUUAAAUGCUACAGUGAAGAGUUCUGUUCCAUUUGAUGAUGUCACCAUGUACUCCAUAGAGUAUGCUCCAAAGAAACAGGAAAUCUGCCCAGCUAGCUAUCCUACUCCUCCAGGUUAUAUAUUUGAAAAUACAAAUUUUCAAGGUCAUAAAUUCUUCCGCAAGAUCACCCCUGCAGUGAAGGCUUUCUAAUCAUCAAAUCAUGUUUGAAAGGAAGCUAACAAGAUACUGGUUUUUCCAAAGGAAACCUCUAAUGUUAUACUAAGAAAUUAUGAGAGAUAUGUUUAGCUUUUUAACUAAAUUGUAUAAUGUAUUGGAGAUCAGAACCUAAAAUUGAUUUUGCACUCAUAUUUUAAUCGAGAUUAUUUUUAAUAUGUAUUUCUGAAAGGUGUGUAUUACUACUGAACUAUUUUAAUACUUAGCAUAAUGUUUAACGUAUUUGAUAAUGUAGCAUUCAUCUAUUACCAUUUAUACUUUUGUUUAUAAUUAUGGUAAUUGUAUGGUUAUUCACAUACCAGUUGUCAUUUAUCAAGCAUAUUAGGACUAUCUGGAAUAACACUGAAAACAACCUGAGUUCCUCUUCCACUGCAGUAGGAAUUUGUUUCCCUCAGGCUGCAAAACACCUGUAGUACUGUAUUUGAGGCUGCUGUUCCCAUGUUUAUGUGAGUGAAAGUCACUGCACUACGCGAAGGAGAAGCACUGGGCUGGGAACCAGAGGGCAGAGUUCCGGUGCUAGUACCAUGGGUGAUUGCACCAUCUUCCUCAAAUGACUCCCAUCUCUGAGCCUGUGGAUCUUCAUGUGUGACAGGAUUCUUCUCCACAUACCUCACACAAAGUUUGUGUAUCAAAUCAUAUAACACACUUUCAACCACUAAAGCACAACUAUAAGAAAUUGUUAAUAGUAAAUCAUUCAAUUACUAUUUGUGCCUUAUUCAUCUUUUUGAUUUAGGGUAAUUAUCUAGGACGUCUGACAGCAUGAAGAAGACUUCAGGAUAAAUGAAUUGGGUGAUUAUGCUCCUAAUUGUCACUCCCAGGUUCACUGUUCUAAAGUAGGCCCAGGCCCAAUAUGGGGCAUAAUCAACCCAAUCACCACUUGCAGCAAGAAGAUAAAUGCUGAGAGGAAAAGAAAGAAGUCAGGGAUAACAGAUCAUACUUUCAAAGGCUGGAAAUUUCCUAAUGAAUUAGAUGCUGAUCGGGUGUUUUUAUA